AUGCUAUUUCCCAAAAGGGCCUCUCAAGAUGAGAGUGCUCGAACUCAAAGUCCAAGUUUGCCUCGAAGCUCAAACUUCCAGCUUUCACGGCAGCGCGCCUAUCUAACAACGUGGGUAAUUCAUGCAGAUGUUCAAUUGUUGUCUGUUUCCUUCCUCACAGCCAAAGAGCCUACGAUCAACCCACAUAGUAGUCAUUUUUCUUCCAGAAGCUGCUGGAAGCGGCUUAAGCAUCAUGAUACGUUCCAAAUUUGGCCAGCUAUGGGCAUUUGCAGGGCAAGUAGCCUUCAUUCUACUGGCAUGCCUUUGAUUCCGAAUGCACCUCGCCAUGGCAGCAUUGCGUGCGCCAGCCCAGGCUUGAUGGCCUCCCUAAGAGCCAUGGCCUCCACCUAA